CGAGGCCGCGCGCUGUCCGGUCCUGCGCUGCCCGGCAGGAGAGGGCUGGACCUCGCGUUCCUCCUCCCUACCGGUCCCCAUCCUUAAAGCGCGACUCUGAACGCCCCGCCUGUGGGAGAGGGCGCCCGGGAGUAACCGGGGCAGGCCGGGGCCGGCCGAGGAGGUCCUGAGGCGACCGAGCUGCAGCGGCUGGCACACGAGCGCCUCGGCACUAACCGAGUGUUCGCGGGGGCUGUGAGGGGAGGGCCCCGGGCGCCAUUGCUGGCGGUGGGAGCGCCGUCCGGUCUCAUCCCGCCCUCAGCUGCUCUCCUCCUCCGGCUGGGAGGGGCCGUAGCUCGGGGCCGUCGCCAGCCCCGGGCCUGGGCUCGAUAAUCGAGGGCCUCGGCCGCUGUCCCGCAGCUCAGUCCAUCGCCCUUGCCGGACAGCCAGGGCAGAGACCAUGUUUGACAAGACGCGGCUGCCGUACGUGGCCCUCGAUGUGCUCUGCGUGUUGCUGGCUUCCAUGCCUAUGGCUGUUCUAAAAUUGGGCCAAAUAUAUCCAUUUCAGAGAGGCUUUUUCUGUAAAGACAACAGCAUCAACUAUCCGUACCAUGACAGUACCGUCACAUCCACUGUCCUCAUCCUAGUAGGGGUUGGCUUGCCCAUUUCCUCUAUGAUUCUUGGAGAAACCCUGUCUGUUUACUGUAACCUUUUGCACUCAAAUUCCUUUAUCAGGAAUAACUACAUAGCCACUAUUUACAAAGCCAUUGGAACCUUUUUAUUUGGUGCAGCUGCUAGUCAGUCCCUGACUGACAUUGCCAAGUAUUCAAUAGGCAGAUUGCGGCCUCACUUCUUGGAUGUUUGUGAUCCAGAUUGGUCAAAAAUCAACUGCAGCGAUGGUUACAUUGAAAACUACAUAUGUCGAGGGAAUGCAGAAAAAGUUAAGGAAGGCAGGUUGUCCUUCUACUCAGGCCACUCUUCGUUCUCCAUGUACUGCAUGCUGUUUGUGGCACUUUAUCUUCAAGCCAGGAUGAAGGGAGACUGGGCAAGACUCUUACGCCCCACACUGCAAUUUGGUCUUGUUGCCGUAUCCAUUUAUGUGGGCCUUUCUCGAGUUUCUGAUUACAAACACCACUGGAGUGAUGUGUUGACUGGACUCAUUCAGGGAGCUCUGGUUGCAGUAUUAGUUGCUGUAUAUGUAUCGGAUUUCUUCAAAGAAAGAACUUCUUUUAAAGAAAGAAAAGAGGAGGACUCUCACACAACUCUGCAUGAAACAACAACAACGGGGAAUCACUAUCAGAGCAAUCACCAGCCUUGAAGGGCAGCAGGGUGCCCAGGUGAAGCUGGCCUGUUUUCUAAAGGAAAAGGAUUGCCACAAGACAAGAGGAUGCAUCUUUCUUCCCAGUGUAUAAGCCUUUAAAGACUGCUACUGCUGCUAUGCCUCUUGGAUGCCCACUUUGUGUGUACAUAGUUACCUUUAACACAGUGGUUAUCUAAUAGCUCUAAAUUCAUUUAAAAAACUCCAAGCCUUCCACCAAAACAGUGCCCCACCUGUAUACAUUUUUAUUAAAAAAUGUAAUGCUUAUGUAUAAACAUGUAUGUAAUAUGCUUUCCAUGAAUGAUGUCUGAUUUAAAUACACAUUAAAAAUGUAUGGGACAACCAAA